AUGCAGACUCCUGUCCUAGGACUGCUGAUGGUGGUGGCAGUGGCGGAAUUUCUCAUUGGCCUGGUUGGAAAUGGAGUCCUCAUGGUCUGGAGUUUUAGAGAAUGGUUCAGAAAAUUCAAGGGGUCCUCUUACUACCUCAUUGUCCUGGGCCUGGCGGGCUGCCGAUUUCUUCUGCAGUGCCUGAUUAUGAUGGACUUGAGCCUGUUUCCACUUUUCCAGAGCAGCCAUUGGUUUCACCACCUCAAUAUCUUGUACGUUAUGGUAAGCCAGGCCAGCCUGUGGUUUGCUACUUUCCUCAGCAUCUUCUACUGCAAGAAGAUCACCACCUUUGAGCACCCUGUCUACCUGUGGCUGAAGCAGAGGGCCCAUUGCCUGAGUCUCUGGUGCCUUCUGGGGUGCCUCCUGAUCAAUCUGUUACUUGUAGCCCAGGUUGGCUUUACGCUCGACAGCCCUUCCCAAGGAAACAGCAGCCUUCCGUACCUCCUUUCAAGCUGGCACUAUCUCCGGCUAUUACAGCUCAAUGCAGGAAGCUGGUUGCCCUUCAUGGUGUUUCUUGUGGCCUCUGGGAUGCUGAUCGCCUCUUUGUAUAGACACCACAGGAAGAUGAAGGUCCACACAGCGGGCAGGACGGACGCUCAGGCCCAGGCUCACAUCACUGUCCUGAAGUCCUUGGUCUGUUUCCUUAUUCUUCACAUGGUUUACUUUGUGGCCAGCCCCUAUUCCAUCACCUCCAAAUCUUCUGUGAAUCUCACCACUGUCUUCCUCUCGGAGACACUCAUGGCUGCCUAUCCUUCCCUUCAUUCUGUCAUAUUGAUCAUGGGGAAUCCCAGGGUGAAGCAGACUUGUCGGAGAAUCCUGCAGAAGAUUGCAUGUGCCUGGCGGUCCUAG